AUGGCGAUCAAGCACCUCCUCCUCACCGAAGUCCUCCAAGGAACCCCCAAGUCGAACCUCGACGCCCUCGAGCUAACCGCCGCUCACACGGUCCUCCACACUAUCCGCGCCCGCCUCGGUCCCUCUGGCACCCUAGCCCUCCUGGAAACCGACAUCGCCACCGCCAACAUCUUCUGGCACGCCACCGUCGCCCGCUCGUCCGGCCGCUUCACCUCACGGCCGGUGCUCGUGCGCGCGUUCGUAAACCCCGCCAUCCUCAACGCAACGUCUUUCGCGAACUGGUUCGCUAGCGCCGGCGCCGGGUCCACGUUCCCGAACGCACUGAUGGCGGGACAUCCGGCGCACUACCUGGAGCUAGCGUCCGACGGGGGAAUCACAAUCGACAUCAUCGAGAGCUGGGGCGCCGGGCUGAUCGCGCACUUAAGCGCGAAGCCAACCGCCAGACAGCCGUUCAUGCCCGACCUGGCCGAAUUUCCGGUACAGAAUGUGGUAGCGUUGACGCUGAUGGACGGGACUGUGUUUGGGUACACGAUUAUAGCGGCUCGGGACUUGGCGGAUGGGUCUGGGAUGGAGAUUCGCUCGGAGAUGUGGAUGCCUGAUACUACGCCCGUGGACAUCAUGCGUGGAUUGGAGGAGCACAGCACGACUGAGUUGGUUUAUUGGCUGCGGUUUGCGUAUGACGGUCUGGUCGACGGUCGAGGAACACAUGAAGGGCCACCUCACGACGCGGGGCUUUCUGGGGAUGUUGGCAAGCUAGACGAGGGAUUCGAAGCAGACAUUCUGAGUGAACUAUAG